AUGAUGGAGCAGAUCACAUAUAUGGAGUGUGCUGGAAACAACACACAUCCCAGAAUUCCCCCUAGAGGUCCUGGUGGAGAAAACGGCCCCCUUCCCCCCUCCAACAUCGCUGUUAUCGCAGGUGCAGCUGGCGGUUCGGCUUUCCUACUGCUCGUAACAGCCGUGAUCUGCGUGGUGUGCUAUCGACGACGACACGCCAAGCACUCGGAAUCGCACCACCCUCCACUCUCCCUCUCCUCCCUGACCUCGCCCAAACGGGGCUGCGGCGGGGGCAUAGGAGGCGGCAACAACAACGGCUCGGAGCCUAGCGACAUCAUCAUCCCGCUGCGGACUUCUGACUCCGCCUACUGCCCGCACUACGAGAAAGUGAGUGGGGAUUACGGCCAUCCGGUCUACAUCGUACAGGAGAUGCCCCCUCAGAGUCCCGCCAACAUCUACUAUAAAGUAUGAGAACCGGAGGCGACCUUACGAAAACAUCUGCUAAGACCACACCCACCUUGAACGACUACCUAAACCCCGCCCCAAGCCCCGCCCCCACAAUCUGCAUCCCUGUAGAUCAGAUCCUUUUACCUUCACACGCAUUUCUCCGACACGCUGACCGCUCGAGGUCGAGUGUGUCUGUGUGUGUGUGUGUGUGUGUUACCAUUCCUCGCAACUCAACCCAACUUCGGCCUUUUGUUAGAGAGAGGUUGUCCUGAUGUGAGGGCCUCCCUCUCUUUGACGUCCCACAUGGGGAAAAGUUCUUAAAGCUAGAGAAGACCUCCUGGAGUGAUUCAGCCUACUGAAAAAAAACAUGAACUCCUUUUUGGGGGGCCAUUCUGGAGCACAAGCAUCAAAACUUUUUCUGAUGUACUUGCAAAAAGACUAUAAACACACAAAAAAGAAAAGAAAACUCAACUUGUCCAAACCUACAAAGACAACAUGUGAACUUUGACUUCGAAUGCUACAUUUACUCACAAAUAGCAAAUAGUCUAGUUUGUGUUAAACUCCUUCGAAAGGGGGAGGGGCCAUCGAUUCAGCCAAUCGUCACACAGGGCUGCAGUCACCUGAUCUAGAACCCAUGUGUUUGAUUGGUGGAGUUGUAGUGGCGUGGAGAAUCUUGUAUAUUUUAAUAACGUGUGUAUUUUGUGAGUGUGUAGGAUAAAUAUUCCGACACUGCUGUCGCACACCUUGCGACCGGCGUGCUUCAGUACAACUCGCGAGUGUUUUUGCGUGCGGAUGAGUGCGUGUUUGAGUACAGUGUUAGUGUGAGCAUGGGAGCGUGUGUUUGUUAGACUGUUUCAAAACCAAAACACAAAAAUAUGAGCGAACAUCAAAAAAAAUUUUUUUA